AUUAUCUGGUCAGAUGAAGAUCAAUGAGUUGGGCUCAGAUGGAGUCCAGAUGUUUGGUGAGAACCUGACCAGGACUACCACAGUGGAUGCAUGGUCCUGACAGUGAAGCAUGGAGGUGGGAGUGUGAUGAUCUUGGGCUGCAUGAGGUCAGAAGGUGUUGAAGACAUUUCUAGAUGUAGCAUGAAGGUCCGAGGAGGAACCAGAAUACUGACUGACCAGAUGAAGAAGAGGAACAUUUCAGCAGGAGAACAUCCAAAGAACAACAUCACACCAGAGCUUCUCCACUAGAACCAAGUAGAACCAGGACCUGGACAGUGUGAGUCCUGAAGCCAGCAGAACCUUUGAGGUGUUCUCCAGAGAAAGGUAGAGCAACACAACCCCUCCAGCAGAGAGCAGCUGAAGAACACAGAGAAGAAUGUGAGAAGAUGUGAGCAGAAAUGAGUGGACUCUGGUCUCCUCCAUGAGGAGGACUGAGUCAUCAGAGAUAAAGGAGGACAUACGAAGGACUGGAGGAACCAAAGAACUUCAGGAAACAUGGACUCACUUUAGGUCCACUGAGUUCCUGCUGUGGAGCCUGAAUUUAAUCCAUGAAAUCUGAACUGUAGUUUGGAAUCUGAUACCAGAGUAGAUACUAAUACUGCUGUAGAAGUAAUCUGAUUACUGUGGGUACAAGAAGAGGCUAUAAGUAGAGAAAUUAGAUGAUUUUUUGGUAUUUUCUUCUUUCCCACAAUCCUUUGUUUUGUUGUAGCUGCUCAGUGUGAAGCAGCCAAAGCUGACAUCGUGAUGUUGGUGGAUGAAUCUGGGAGUGUCUCUUCACCUGAAUUCAGUAGCAUGCUACAGUUUGUUAGAGAGAUAAUCGAAAUCUUCAACAUCGGCCCCGACGCAGUGCAGAUGGGUAAUAUUUUACUGUCUCAGUAUUAGAACUGAUUCUGUGUCUUUAACCCUCUGAGGCUCAUUCUUCAAUCUAAAGUCCUUGAUCAGGGCAACGAUGGCAGCACUGGGGUUUGAUCCUCUGACCUUCUGAUCAGAGACUCAACCAUUGAGCCCUAUUGUCAUGUUGCUGUUAUGAAUAAUCAGCUCCUUGCUGUGGUUCUUCAGGUCUGACUUUAUUCGCUUACACGCCGAGGACCAUGUGGGAGCUGAACACCCACCAGACCAAAGAGUCGCUGCUGAGGGCUGUUGACAGCCUCAGACAAAGAGGUGGAGGCACCAAGACAGGAAGGGCUCUGAAACACAUCCUCCGCUCCAGCUUUAAAUACGACAUGGGAAUGCGACGAGACGCCAGAAAAAUUGUUGUUGUUUUCACUGAUGGAACGUCCAGUGAUCGUGUAAAGGAGCCUGCUGAGCACCUGAGAGACACCGGCAUCGAGGUCUACGCUAUCGGUAUCGGGGGUGCCUCAAAGCUCCAGUUGGUGAACAUGGCCACUGACCGAGCUCACUUGUACUUUCUGAAAGACUUCAGUUCUCUCAGAAGAAUUGUCAACGAUUUCUCCAUCAGCCUCUGUAACAGCGCUACGAGCCGAGACUCUGUGAGGCUGGUGAAUGGAACCAGUCUGUGUUCAGGAAGACUGGAGGUCAGAUCCAACCAGUUUAACCACUCCAACCAGUCCAACCAGUUUAACCAGUCCAACCAGUCCAACCAGGGGUGGUCCUCGGUGUGUGAGGCUGACUUUGACCUGCAGGAUGCUGAGGUGGUCUGCAGGGAGUUGGGCUGUGGGGCUCCUUGGGUCCUCUGGGGGCCGCUCUAUGGAGAGGUGGAGGCUCCAUGGUGGAGCAGAGAGUUCCAGUGUGGAGGCCGUGAGUCUGCUCUGAUGGACUGUAGAAGCUCCGCCUCACAUAGAAACACCUGCUCACCUGGCAGAGCUGCUGGACUCACCUGCUCAGAGCCGCUCAGGUUGGUGGGAGGAGCCAGUCGCUGUGCAGGUGUUCUGCAGGUGAAGCUGGUGGAGUGGAGGAUGGUGGACGGCUCUGACUGGAGCCUGAAGGCAGCAGCUGCAGCCUGCACAGAGCUGCACUGUGGUUCUGCUGUUUUAACAGCGAGCAGCAACCAGUCCUCAGAGAGUCCAGGGUGGAGCGUCGACCUUCAGUGCGUUGAGGCCGGAUGGAGGCUGAGGGAGUGUUCCAAGUCCACUCAGUCCUCCUCCACCGUGGAGAUCGUCUGCUCAGACCUGCUGGAGCGGCCCAUCAUCUUGGUGUCCUCUGUGGACGGGGUCUCCGAGGCCCAGCAGCAGGGCUUCCGGGUGUCCUGGCGCUCCAGCUUCACCCUCAGCUGCUCCAUCCAGCCUCAGUACCCAGGAGGCUCCUUCCAGCUCAGCUUCACCUCCUCCUCCAACACCACGCUCAGCCGCACCCAGCCGGCCCUCAAUCACUCCGCCCACUUCCUGUUUCCUGUCACAGACCACGCCCACCAAGGCAGCUACACCUGCGUCUAUCACGUCCACGUCUUUUCCCACAACUUCUCCUCCGAGAGCCGCCGGCUGUCUCUGGUGGUCUCAGAUCCAACAGUGUUCUUCAUCAGACUGACGCUGCUGCUGCUCAGUCUGCUGAUCUUCACGUCUCUCAUCUGUUUCAGCCACAAGACCGCCAGGAAGUACAAGAGGAGUCCACAGGAGGACGUGGAGGUGGAGCAGCAGACCAGGAGAAGAAGGAGGAUCCUCCAGGUGGAGCAGCAGAUCUGAAGAAGAAGGAGGAUCCUCCAGGUGGAGCAGCAGAUCUGAAGAAGAAGGAGGAUCCUCCAGGUGGAGCAGCAGACCAGGAGAAGAAGGAGGAUCCUCCAGGUGGAGCA